UGACUCACGUUUUUGUUGACACACCGUUUACGACUUCCCUCGGGAUGCAUAGUUACGAUCCUUGCAUACCUUAUGUCCGCACUGCCGCGACGGCACCCCGAAUGGGACGGAUGUUGAUGGGCUUGCCCGUCCACCACCCUCCCUCGCCUUCUGACCCACACCGGCCGGCAUGCUGUGGGACACCGAACCGCGUGCGUGGUCUGCUCUGGUUUCCACAGGCGAUGUCAUGCAAGACGACGACAGGUUGUUGUAGACUCGUCGAGUGACGAAUGGAUACGUGGAGUUCCUGAAAGUCAACCUCGAGCUGCGCUUCCGCAUGCGAGGUCGAGGGGGUCGAGGAUGUACGCGCGUGUAAGUUAUGUAAGUCCAGUGGUGAAUGGGUACUCAGCGCGAGUGCCAGGCUUGUAUAAGUAGCGACUUCAUCAUCCCAUCCUCAGGUUUCGUUUCGGGUCCUCAUCAGUAUCAUCACUCGGAUCAGCAAAGGCAAAGCAAUAACCCACUACUACACACAACGACACCCCCCCUCCCUUUCUUACGUAUAAGCUCCUCGAACAAACGUCUUCCUUUCCACCUAUUCAUCCGCUAUUAAACACCUCACUCAUCCAAGUAACCACAUCCUCAUCGCACGCCAUGUCGGGAAUGCACUCCACCUUCUCCAGCUCCGUCACUGGCGACAACCGCCACAGCUACGCCGUCCUUUCUGCCCUCCAACAGGGUGCCAGCACGACCAGCACGACCGGCAACGGCUCAUGCCCCUCACCCUACAGAAAGGACGCCGACGCCGCUUCCGUCUCAACCUUCGGCAGCUCCAUAUCCCUGAUCAAGGAGAAACUUCCUAGCUACUCGGGCGCAUCAUCCACCUCCCGCUCAAAAAAGUCUCCAUCCCUCGUGGCUCGCCAACGAGCCGCCGAAAACGUCGAGGCACAGGCCUCGAGAGCACAAUCCGCGGCCUCCUUGGCUUUUUCGAUUCGAAAUGACUUGUAGAUGAGAGGGCGGGGAACGACAUGAUGAUACAAUAGAAGUUGGAUGACAGGUUUACGGGUCUGGGGUGUGAGAGGCUGGGGUGGCGCCCUCCCCGGCGCCCACCUCGAUAACGUUUUCGGUUGCUAUUCGGGUCGGCGUUUUGUAUUUUUUUUUUAUUCCCCCCUUCUUCCCUUUGC